GACACCUAAAAUACACUUCCGGUCAGCAUUACAUUUCUUACGGGAUGAGACACUCGACUUUAAAUCUAUAGCAGAGCGACUUGUGCGUUUGUAGUUGACAGACUGAUACACCCCUCUGUGUCGGAAAAAACGGGUCCAUCAUGGCUGAUGUAAAGACUCCACUGUUAGCGGACCAGGAAGACCUAUCCUACUCAUCAAUAGGGGAACCAUGCACCGUUAACCCUGACAGGAAACACUCGGAAUCCUCCAUAGACAUUAAAACCUCGGCAUCCGCCCAGGGAGAUGUAACGAAAGACGAUGUUAAAGUUAAACUAUAUAAGAGGCGAUGGUAUAUGUUAGUCAUAUUUUCUCUAAUGUCGGGCACUCAGUCUUUUGUAUGGAAUACCUGGGCCCCCAUAUCUAAUUCCAGUGAAGUAGCGUUUGGAUGGAAUGAUGCGGUUAUCUCCCUUAUGGCCAACUGGGGGCCAAUCACGUUCUUUAUUGGGAUGCCUCUGUUCGCAUGGAUGCUGGAUAUGAAAGGUCUCAGGAUAUCAUCCCUCCUGAGCAUGUUCAUGAUAGCAGCCGGCUGCGGGAUACGAUGCAUAACAACCAGCCCCCCAUGGGUCACGUGGACAAUGCAUAUUGGUCAGUUUCUGAACGGUCUUGCUGGGCCGGUGGGGACAGGCGGACCUCCCUCCAUGUCGGCUACGUGGUUCCCACCCAACGAGAGGACCACAGCCACGGCCUUGGCUACAAUCAUCAAAUUUCUCAUGGUAGCUUGCUCCUUCGUCAUAGGUCCCCAGCUGGUACCCGAGGUGCAUACGAAGAACUGCACACUUGAUAACUUUACCAUGAGUUCGUCCCCCGCAUCGCAGUUUGAAGAAUUUCACCUUGAACAUGGCUGCAUGAACGGCACCAACGUCACAGUGCCAACGGUAGCAAAACUGAGAGAAGACAUAAUGUUCCUCAUGUAUGUAGAAUGUGGCUGGUCAGUCGGGUUGUUCCUGAUAAUGUUGCUGUACUUCCCCAACAAACCCCCACAUCCCCCUUGUGUGUCGGCCUCGGUUAAGAGAGAGAGCUUCAAGCAGGGCGUCAUGGAUCUGCUCAGGCGGCGGCAGUUCUGGGUUCUGGCUUUGGUGUUCUGCCUGGCCGGUGGGGGCAGCACGGCGUGGACAGGGGUGCUCAAGGUCAACAUGAAACCCACGGGCAUCAGCCAGGACCAGGCAGGCUGGAUCGGCUUCUACACGUUCUUUGCUUCCUGUGCCGCCAUGUUGGUAGUUGCAAGGCUGGUUGAUCUGUUUUCCCGCUAUAUGAAGUGGUUCAUCAGUGGCGUGUACUUCAUCGCAGCGGCUUUCUUCGCCUGGUUUGCGGUCAUAUGUACUGGGGUGCUGCCGGCGACUUUACCCGUGUUGUACGUGAGCGUGAUGACGGGACAGACUGCACUCACAACGGCUAUACCAAUCGUCUAUGAGAUGGGCUGCGAACUCACCUACCCUAUCGGGGAGGGCACCGCCAAUAUUGCCAUGACGCUAAUGAACAACGUGGGAGCUCUGAUCUUUUUGCUGGUGCUGAUGAUCCCAAAUAUUGGGACAGUGUGGAUGAACUGGGCGCUGGUUGGAGCUAUUGGACUUUCUAUACCAAUGGUGUUAAUGAUCCGUGAAACCCAUCCCAGGCUGGAUAUUGAUGAAACAAAAGUCGUCGAGAAAGACUAACACUUAAAUGAUGAUACGAUCAAAAGAAUGCCUGGAUAUGCAAGAUAUUGUGGAAAUAGAACCACAACGUGUGUGAAUGUGAAUGUGAAAUCGGCCCCCACUUUCACUCAAGUACAAGAAGAGCGUGAAGUGUGAAUAAUAAUAAUACUAACGAUAUUAUUAAUAAUGAAGUUUUUAACAUGUGUCCAUUUAAACAUUUUCGUCCAUGUAACAAAUGUUAUAUUUGAGAUAACACUUUCUCAGUAAAGUACAGAUUCUAGUACUUAUGGGGGUUGAGUCUCACCGGGAUUCGAACCCACACUGCCAGAGUGAGGCACCCUAAUCGCCAGCACACAAAGUCAGCGUUCUAACCCACUGAGCCACGGAUGCUUCCACUAAAUGAAUGUCCGACAACUGGUAGUCUAGAUCACGUACUUUGUGUACCCCUCUGACAGGUGUACAUUGACACGGCUCCAAUGGCAAGCCAAUUUCAUCCACGUUAAACAUGGCGAUGUUACUUUCUGAUUCGUUUAUAUUUGUAAAUGAAAACAGCCUACAGUUCAACGGCCGUCAAACGUCACAAGACCAUUGGCUAUUUGUUGUGCACGUGACAUGCUAUACGUCAUCACUCGGACGUUUAUGUAUUGUGUAAUAGCACGUGGAUAUGGUGAUAGGAGGUGAAAUGUAUAAAUGAACUUUAGCUGGGAAAGUUUUGUGCAAUGCCAUUUAUAUCACUUCAUAUGUUUUAAUUUUUAUAGCUUAAUUUUAUUGAGCGUAUUGACAUAUCAUCAUGUGUAUAUAUUUCAUACUAUAUUUAAAUAAUGUGUAUACGGAAUUGUGUAAACAAAAUGUAAUAUUGUUAUGAUAUAUGAAUAAAAUAUAAAGAAGA